CAGCUGAUAUGUUUGACCUUAUUAGAGCUAUUGCGACUCACAACGCCAAGUAUGAAAACGCCGUUUAAAUGUCUGGGUAAUGAAUAUUGCGUGUCUUAACUUCUUGCGGAGAGUUUGGGUAUAGAACCAUGUAUAGAUGAUUUACCAGGGAUACUCAUUGGGACGCGAAAAAAAGCGAAUUUCAGUUAGAUGCGUCGGGAUCACCGCGUAUUGGCUUUUCCUUUUCUUUCAUCUAUGAUGUCUUUUUCCACUACUGGUGGUGUCCGUGUUCGAUCGACAAGAUUUGUAAGAAUUGUAGAAAUGGUUGAGAGUAGUUCGGGCGAGGUUACCACACCGGCGGAUUAUGAGUCAAGCGCGGAUGAUGCUGAUCAGGAGGGACAUGCGUUGUCACGGUCAUACGAACCCCAUGUGGUUGGGCUGGGUUCCAUGGUAGGUCCAUGCAUGCUGUACCGAUGGGGAUGCGUGACAGGGCAUCCAGGAUGAUACAAUUGCUAUGUUUCUGAGAAGCGGUCAAUUUCAUA